ACCCAGCCUGCCCAACUGUUUCGCGACAGCCCUCAAGUGCUCUGAGCAAUCUGUUAGAUACCUUGGUCUGUUGGUGCACACCAUAUCCUGUUGGUCCCUUGGAGUUCCCCUGCCACAUGAUAAAAGGCUGCAGUCUCUGCCACAAAUCUCCAGGGCUGUUUCGACCAGACCAGAAUCUUCACCCACAUCUUCCUCACGCCCAAUCAAGCAUUGCAUACCUGGCAAAAAUGUCUCCCUCAAAGCCCGUUAUUGUGCUAGUCCCUGGGGCUUGGACUCCCCCAGCAGCAUACCACAAGCUUGUUGACAUUUUGAAAAGCUCCCCUUAUAAUUACACUGUUCACUCUCCUUCCUUGGCUUCAAACAAUGGCGCCGUGGCGCCUAACACUUUUGAGGCUGACGUUGAGGUCGUCCGCUCUGCAGUGGAACCACUUGUGACAGCCGGCAACGAAGUGGUCCUCGUCAUGCACUCGUACGGUGGCGUGGUUGGCUCCAGCGCCUCCAAAGACCUCACCAAGAAGGAUCGUCAGGCUGCGAACCUUCCUGGCGGGAUUUCUCACCUUUUUUAUAUCAGUGCCUACCUCCUCGCAAAAGAUCAAAGCGCCUGGGACGUCCUUGUGGAGGCGGGAGGCGACACUCCUGAGCGCCGGACGCUGGUCGAGUUCAAAGACGAUGGGACCUGGCUUCCGACGGACGCCGUUUCCGGCCUGUACCACGACCUAGAUCCAGAGGACCAAAAGGAACAAGUUGAAGGUAUACGGCCUCAUAAUUUCACGGCACUGUUGGGCAAGGCGACGCAUGAGCCGUGGAGGGAUGUCCCGAGCUCGUACGUCUACUCGGCGGAAGACCUAUGGGUGCCUCCGUCGUUCCAGGACAUAUGUUUGAACAACGCGAAAAACGCGGGCGUGCAUGUUGAUAUUCACAAGUUUCCCUGUGCCCACGCGGCCUACGUCAACCAUCGCAAGGAGGUCGCCGAGUUGAUACAUCAAGCGGCGGUCCCAAAAUAGUCCGAGUGAGACUAAAAGAAUGCUCGGUCCUGUGCUGAAUACAUUCGACGUACUUGGAGUCAACGUGUACUACUUCACUAUCCCAUAGAGAAUCUCGGGCCACCUUUCACAACAUAUUACUUACAAGACGUGACUUAGGUAAACUAGGAAUGUUCUAUUUGGACUUCAUUCCUAGACAUGUAAAAGUAUAUCAGAGACAGUGCUUCGGAUAAUUUAAGCACAAGCUUCAAC